UACUUCUAACGGUUCGCAUGUUGCUUUGUCACGCGCGUCGCGAAAAUAAAGGCAGACAGGCCGUUUUAGUGAAUAGUAAAUGUGUCGUCUAACUUAAGUUACAAGUGCAAUAUUCACGUAAAAGUCGAAAGUUGAAAACGUGAUUAUUAAUAACAAAUGUGCACAACAACUUAAUAAGAGCACUUAAGUACACAUAAGCUGGCAAACCUGCAUACAAUUAUGUUUAUUAUAUAGUUAAGUGCAUACUUACUAAAGGACAUCAUCGAGUGAAAUUAAUUGUUGCUCCUCAACAAGCAAAUGCGGCAGGACUAAUUUAUUCACAAAUUUGUUAUUGUGCCACUACACAUGCCAACAGUGCAUACAAACAGCCAAACAAAUACAUUCAUAUAUACAUAUGUGCGCACGAUUGCCCUGAAUGUGUACAUACAUAAGUGCGUGAAAAAUAGUGUUAUGUAUUAAUUAUACACGCAUGUGUUAGUGGAAAAGGUGUGUGGGUUUGUAAGGUGGCAGCAAAAGCGAGCAGAAACAUGAGUUGUGAACAGCAUCAUCAGCAGCAAAGGCAUACACAUCAUCGUCAACAACAACAACAUCAUCCACAUUAUCACAGUCGACCGUAUCGUUGUGCGCAACAACAAUUACAAAGGCCAAAACACACACAUCAACAAUAUAGCCAAUAUCAAGAACAUCAUCAGCAACAACAACAACAACAACAGCAACAACACCUCAGUUGUUACACACAACAACCGCAUCAGCAAUAUCAGCUAUGGUUUAUUAUCUCUGUGAUAUUGUUCUUAAUCGACAUAUCCAACUCGCUCACGAUGACGGAAGUGAAAAUACCCAAUCAUAUAAUGCGUUUCAAGAGCGCCGAACUCGGCUGCCGUUACAACUUGGACGGCGAGUCAUUGUACUCAGUGAAAUGGUACAAGGAUGGGCAUGAGUUUUACCGUUAUGUGCCGCGCGAUAAACCGCCAGGACAAGCAUUUCCACUGCCCGGUGUCAAUGUAGAUGUUCGCAAUUCAUCAGAUACAAAAGUAACACUGCGGCGCGUCACACUGAUGUCGACUGGCCUUUACAAAUGCGAAGUUUCCGGUGAAGCACCAGCAUUCAACACAGUUUCCGAAUCCGAGACGAUGACCGUUGUCAUGACUCCCAACCAUGGUCCGAAAAUUAGCGGCGGAAAACCACGCUACCAAAUAGGAGAUGUUGUGCGCGUAAACUGCACCUCAGCGCCAUCCAAACCGGCUUGUCAUCUCAGCUGGCUCAUAAAUGGCGAACCGGCAAAUCGUUCGUAUCUCAGAACAUAUGAAAAGUAUGUAGUUGGACGUGAGGGACUCGAAAUAGCGCGUUUGGGCUUGGAAUUUCGUGUGAAGAGUAGCCACUUUCGACAUGGCGAUAUGAAAUUAAAGUGCGUGGCCAAAAUCUCCUCGCUGUACUGGCAGAGUAAUGAAGCAAGUGUGGAAAGUGAUCGACAGCAGCGUGCACCAGCGUUGGAAUCACGCGAAACAGUUGCAGCCAAAUCGCGUGCACAUGGUUCCUCAUCGGCAAAGCCACUUUCUCACACAACAUUACAACAACUACAAUUGGCAACACUAUUGAGCUUAUUAACGGCAUUUAGUACUGCAAACUACAGCAUAACUUUAAGAUAACUAAUUUAAAUAAUAAAUUCCGUACUAAACUGUGUAGGUGACAGUAACACUAACACCUGAAAGGAAAGUGAACAAACCAACGUUGUCAUUAAUAGCAACGGUAAAAAUAAAUUAAAAAGGACACAUAUCCUAUGCCAAAUUCAAAAUCCUGCAUUUAGUUGUUAGUCUUAGAUUUAUGCAAAAACUAAAGAGAAAAAAAUUAAAAAAAAACUUAUUUGUAAAUAAACAGAAUUAAACUAAAAGAAAAUUUACAUAUAAUUAAUUUAGUGAUUAGUUUACAAAUAGAAAAUUAUUUAAAUAAUUUUGCAAAGUAAUAAUGAGAAUAUUUGUUAAAGAUAGAUUUACAAUAUUUGUAUACAAGAGGAUUGUCUACAUUUUCUCUUAUUAACAAAAUUUGGUAUCUUAUAUGUAAGACUACAUCUACUCAAAUAAGGUAAAAAAGCACAGACAUUUACUAUUAGGUACACGCAGUAUUGAGUGGCAUGAAAAAUUUGAAAAAUUAAAAAACUACAAUUAUAAUUCUACAAAUUAAGUCCAAUUAAUAGUUCGAGACCUCAAGAGGUUAUUUCAAGGUGGGAGAAGUCUAAAUGUGUACGAAAAAUGUGUGUAGAACAAAAGCAUAUAUGUAUGUAUGUGUGCAUGUAAAGUCAGCUAAGCUGUAAUAAAGAAGAAACGAUGGCAAACCAAAUUGUUGGGAAAUUGAAACCAAUAUUUUACAAAAAAAAAUAAUUAUUUCCGGUUUUAUUAGUUUAUACCAUACACAGCAUUUCAAACUUUUAUAGCUGUAGAUCAUAAUAGA